CUCAUCAGGCGAUAGGCGAUUCGAUGUUCAAGUGUCCUACAAAUUUCCUGGCAGAGAAGCUUGCAGAAAAGAAAUUCAACGUGUUUCAUUACACUUUUAAGCACAGAAGCGGCACAAAUAUAUACCCAAAAUGGACCGGAGUACCUCAUUUCGAAGAAGUUCAAUUCGUAUUUGGUGUUCCUCUAUUGAAAACAAACGAAUACACCGUCGAAGAACAAGAAUUCAGUAGAAAUCUCAUCGAACUUUGGACUUCGUUCGCUAAAACUGGGACUCCACAUGUUGAUAACUUGGAAAGAUGGCUUCCGUACGCUAAUCAAAAACCGAAUUCUAUAAACUUGCAACCGAAAAACAUAAAACUCACAAAGUCAAUUCCGAACGAACACUGUGAAUUUUGGAAAACUCAUUUUGACGUAUAAUUAUAGUAAUUGAGGAGUUAAAUGGAAAAAUGGCAUACACUACACUAGAAAGCUUUUUAGAUAAAGAACGAUUUGUAUUUUAAUUCGCCACAUUUUAAUAUGCAUCGCUUUGUCAAUAUGGAUGUAUAACGUGGAGGGCAUGCAACUGAACCAUCAAAGUUAUUUAGAAAAUAGAUUAAUUAAUGAUGCAUAAAUCCAUAUUUGUUAGUAACUCAUAUUUUUGUAGUUUUGUGUGAUUUGCCGUUUUCCACUCAGCCCCUUGAUUGUAAUUGCAAUUGCAAAAUUUACAUUUCUUGUACGUCUUUAGCAACUUCGAGGACUGUUGUUGGUAAAUGUAGUUUGUGUAUUUUAAAAUAAAAC